AUGUGUUCCAGUAGUACCUACACCAACAAGACAAUGACAUGUUCCAGUAGUACCUACACCAACAAGACAAUGACAUGGUGUUCCAGUAGUACCUACACCAACAAGACAAUGACAAUGUGUUCCAGUAGUACCUCCACCAACAAGACAAUGACAUGGUGUUCCAGUAGUACCUACACCAACAAGACAAUGACAUGGUGUUCCAGUAGAACAUUCACCAACAAGACAAUGACAUGGUGUUCCAGUAGUACCUACACCAACAAGACAAUGACACGGUGUUCCAGUAGUAACUACACCAACAAGACAAUGACAUCACUGUGUUCCAAUAGUACCUACACCAACAAGACAAUGACAUGGUGUUCCAGUAGUACCUACACCAACAAGACAAUGGCAUGGUGUUCUAGUAGUACCUACACCGACAAGACAAUGGCAUGGUGUUUCAGUAGUACCUACACCCACAAGACAAUGACAUGGUGUUGCAGUAGUACCUCUACCAACAAGACAAUGACAUGGUGUUCCAGUAGUACCUACACCAACAAGACAAUGACAUGGUGUUCCAGUAGUACCUACACCCACAAGACAAUGACAUGGUGUUCCAGUAGUAUCUACACCAACAAGACAAUGACAUGGUAUUCCAGUAGUACCUCCACCCACAAGACAAUGACAUGGUGUUCCAGUAGUACCUCCACCCACAAGACAAUAACAUGGUGUUCCAGUAGUACCUACACCCACAAGACAAUGACAUGGUGUUCCAGUAGUACCUCCACCAACAAGACAAUGACAUGGUGUUCCAGUAGUACCUACACCAACAAGACAAUGACAUGGUGUUCCAGUAGUACCUACACCAACAAGACAAUGACAUGGUGUUCCAGUAGUACCUCCACCCACAAGACAAUGACAUGGUGUUCCAGUAGUACCUACACCCACAAGACAAUGACAUGGUGUUCCAGUAGUACCUACACCCACAAGACAAUGACAUGGUGUUCAGUAGUACCUACACCCACAAGACAAUGA